CUGAAAUAAUGAAAAUAACUUUUUGGAGGAGACUCAAAUAACUGCCAAUUUCAACUGUUCUCUACUAUCUUAUUAUGAAUCAACUGCCGAUUCUACUACUAAAUGUCGGUCCAUGUGCCCUGGCACUCACAUGUGGAAUGGUUACUGCUGAAGCGGACAAACUUCGGAGUACCUGUUAUGAGCUGCAAGACAAAUUUGAUUACCGUUCCCAUGAGUACCAAGUACUGGAUUCGUUUGGAAUUUAUAUAGCCAGCACUGGAAUACGGUUUACCGCAGCAGAUUUUUUCGAAAUCAAACGAUCAACCAUUUUAUCUGUUAUUGCAACAUCGGCUACUUAUUUUAUAGCACUGGUACAGUUUAGUUAGAGUUUUGUUCGAAAUACUGUUAAUAUUAUUUUAUAUUUUAUAAGAAUGCACCAUAUAGGUGAUGUUUAAUUAUCUAGAUACAUAUCUGUUCCUAUAAGUAGAAAAAAGCUCCAUAGUUAAGCUGCUGUGGAAAUAAUUGUUCUGCCUACCUCUAAUUCACCUAUUCUUCUCCACACUCCUACUUUUAGUUUUCGCUGAAACACCCACCACCACUCUCUCUUCCCUAUCAAAAACCCCCUUCCCUCAUUCACA